UGCUGCCAUCUAGCCGCCAACGAUCACAAAUGCAGUGAAUACCAUGGACGAUUACAUUACAGUGGUGUCGGUCGAUGAGGAGGUCAGCAACGCUCUCAACGCUAACCGGCCCCCAAAACAAGACGACGACCAGCCACCAGAAGACUCAUCGUUCAUUACUGUGCUCUCCAUCAACGAUGCCCCAACCAGGGAGAUCGCGUCCCAGCAGAACGUAAGAAGCUCCCAAGAAAAUGGAGAGGAACCCAUCGAGUCAGUGGUUGUUUAUCGUUUACCCGGAGAAAGGCUGGGUUUUGGCCUGAAAUUUCAAGGCGGGACAAAAAACGAUGAAAAAGUCUAUGAUCAAUUAACAAACAGCCCUCAAAUGAUGAAGAGCAACGAGAAAGUUCAGCGCCUAUUCAUCCAAUCAUGUGCUACCGACAGUCCUGCAUCGCGUGCCAAAGCCAGUUGGGGCCCAUUAAAAGAAGGCGAUGAAAUUAUUUCAAUCGAUGGUCGGCCUGUUGCCGAUAUGACUCGCAUAGAAUGCGUGCGGUGCUUAAAAGAAAGCAAUGUUGCAAUAAAAUUACAAGUCCGAAAUGGAGAUGGCCUGGGAAUUGAAAAUCUGGAAGAUUUGAAUCGAAAACGGCCAACAAAUCAUCAGCCACCUCCCCCACCACCAGUCCCGCCACGGAAAUUAGUCAGGCGAAAGCAAGGGAAUGAAAAAGGAAGCCCCAAGGAUGACAAACCCUUUACGCCUCCUCCCGAUGCGGAAUACUACAUAAACUUGUUCUCAGAUGAAAAUUCAAUUCUUGGUGAAUGUGAAUCGGAUGACACGGGCAGUUCAAUUUCUACUGUCGUGGAUAGAUUUUCGAUUUGCUCUACGUACUCCACAGAGUCAGAUUAUUCAAAUGGUGGUACUGUGUCUUCAAUGAAUACAACUAUUAUAAAUAAUACUACUCAAGUCAUCAGCAAAACUGAUCUAGCGAAAGUUCUAAAGCCGUUCACGCUACUUGAAAAAGAGUUCAACGUGGAUAGUUCUGCGAAAUUGGAGGAGUGUUUGAAAAAAUUGGAUCCCGAGACAAGAAUUUCACCUGGCAAUAGUCCAAAACAAGUCCAAAAGACUUAUGAGAACAUUGAAAUAACAACAAAUCCUGGUGCAUCUAAAGUCAAUGGAAAAUUAGAUGAAACUCAGAUUUAUGAAAACAUCGAAAUUAGUCCAGUAGGUGCUCCUAAACCGAAACCAAGACAAAUCCCUACAAUUGAGCCCAAGAAACGUUCAAUUGUACCUAUUCCAAGAAAAUCAAAUAAAGAUUCAACCGAACAUGAUCAGGCCACCAAAUCUGAAGUAACCUUGCAGCAAGUCACAACAACUGAUGGAAAAUCCCCGUCGCCAUCUUCAAAGUCCCAAGAGACUAUUUCGAAAAUCCCAAAAGCAACUCCUCCAAAACUCUUGCGUCGCGCUAAAACGGAAGGGGAAAUUAAGUUUACUCACAAGAAACCGACAUUCGCCCUAGUUGACAUUGACAUGAAGGAGCAAUGCAAAUCGUUCCUACACAACGAAUCGGGCCGAUCAAGUUUACCCAAAGGAGUUACAGAGGUGGAAGUGAAGCCUCCGAAAUCGAAAAUUCCAAGGAGGCGGUCAGAUGUUGACCAAAACUUGGACACAGUUGACUUUGUUACAGUUAAAACAUCGGAAAAGACAAUGGUCCUGAAGCCUAAAAUUUUAUUUAAAAAACAAAAAUCUGAAACUGAUUUGAAAUUGAAUUCUCAAAAAAUUCAAUUAAAAGAUACUAACCGCGAUGAAGUUAGUCAUAUUCCGGUCAUUUCACCCCAGAGGGAGAUUCCGCCUUCCAGAAUUGCUGUGAAGAGUCCUCCACCUGCACAGAAUAAACUCAACUUAAAUCUAAACAUUCCUGCAAAUCCGCCUAUUACAAAACUGAACAUUGAACCGAAAGUUAAUUUUUCAAUUGCGCCGAUGGUAUCACCAACACAAAAUGGUUUUGACGAAGUGUCCAUAGUUACGCCAAUUCGUACAAAAUCUCAUAUUCCAGUCUUGUCUCCUGACUCAAAUGAGUGUUCUUUCAAAACUUUUGCGAAAGACAAUGAAAAGCGUCACCUAAUUCUUAACAUUGCUCCAGAUAAAGAGCGGAAAAUCCUUAAUGUUAGUGCACUACCAACGACUCCAAAAGGAAAUCCAGUACCUUUGCCAGUUGUACCGAAAUCAAAUACAGAACCAGAAGCUUCACCGUCGAAAAAAGCAGGAUCCCCGCCAUCUGAGAUUCGUUUUACAAUUCAAACUUACGAAGGCGAUAAGCUCGAUGUUGACCCAAAAGUAAACGAUUUGAGUCGUCCUUCACCGAAUCGUCAUACUUCGACUAAAAUCCCUCAGAAAAUUCAGCAUUCCAGCGUCGAUGAAAACGGAAAUGAGCGCAAACCUUUGCCACGUCUGAUUGACAUGGUGCCGAAAAAUGAAGGAAACAAUGUCACAAAUAUUACAGUAGAGGGAAAUGGAAAUUCGACCAUUCAUCAGGAUGAAGACAGUUUUGAAGAGGACGAGCCAGUUAUUAUAAGGAAGUGUAUUAAGGUCAUGAAUGAUAACGACGCUAAUUACGUUAUAAGUUCGAGUAGUAGCGAUGAGGACGAAGAAAAAAUAUAUGAGAUUGAAGAUGGUGAGAAACUUGGCCCACCGGAAGUCAUUGAUGGUCCUGGUCCUUCUGAAGCGUAUUUCAAUUUUUCAUGGCAUUCAAAUAUGUUGCCCACAAUCGGAGAAGUAGAAGAAGAAUACUCGUCAUUGGAGACGCUCUCCAGACCGAUAAUUGCUAAUAACAGCAGUAAUGGAACGCGCCCCCCUAACGAGGAAGAUGUUGGUGAUUUAACAGACGCUACUAAGUCUGAGCGUGAACGAAUCGUUAACCCUGCCGAGGUUGCACCGAAUGUAACUGAGGCCGAACCUAAACAAAUUGUUAACAUAUCUGAAGUGCAACACUUCAAAGAAUCAUUGAGUAAUGAAAUACCGACACCUACGUUAACAACAACGAUAAUAAAAACUGCGGCAAGAGAAAAUGAGAAUUCCAUUGACAUGAUGAUACCGCUAGAAAGCGUUGACGAGGAAAACAAAUUGGCUGCCAAUGUCGAAGCCGAUAAGAUAACACCAACAGCAGAAAUCAAUGAAAUCAGCAAUAAGCCACCCCAAUCGAUACUUGUAGAGCAUUCGAAAGUAAAUUUCGCAAUUAGUUCUACCGAGAAUCGAAGUAACGGUGACGGAAUCGCUGAUGAAAAUUUGAAAAUGUCGAAAACUAACGAAACGAACGAAAAACGUGAAAAUGCAACGGAGCUCGCGGAUCUAAGCCCGGAGUCUGAAGAUCCACUUGAGAUAGUUGCAAAAACAAUCAUUGAAGUGCACAGUGAAAAACGUGAAAAUAUGGAGUCACCCUCGGUUGAAGACUCUUCGAGUACAGAAAGUACUUGCAUUGAGUUGCCUAAACAGGAGGUCUCUGUAUCUAAAGUCGAGGAAGAAAACAAGAUAAAUAGUGAAAUUAAGAAUGUUGAGAAAGACGAAAAGGAGGACGAGCCAUCUGGGAAUAUCGAUAUUCAAAUCGUAGAAGAAAUUAUCGUCAAAGAAGCAAACCCAGUGGAAUCAGCCGAUAAACCAAACGUUAAAGAAAUUAUAGAAAUUGUUGAAACUGUAGAUGUGGAGGAGCCAGAAGAAGUUCCUAGUGCUGAAAGUGUCAUGGAAAUAACGAAAAUCGAAACAGCUGUUAAUUCAGUUGAUAGUACGGAUGGAGUGGUUGCAGUAGAGCGACCUUCGAAUGAUAAUCAAAGUCCAGAUAAGAACGCAACAAGCUCACUAUCGUUGUUAUCAAACAAAGAAUCAAUUGAAGUGACGCAAGCAAUGCUAAUUUCGGAACGUGCAGUAAGCAUUCCAAAUGUGUCAGACGGUCUAAAGACCAAAGAGGCAAUUGACGUAACGCAGGCAAUGCUGACAUCAGAACGUGCAACCAGCCUACCAAACAUACCAGCUAGACCAGAUACGAAAAAGUCAACCGAAAUUACAGAGGCGAUGUUAGUUUCGGAACGUGUGGAUAGUCUGCCACAAACAUCACCUAGCCUUAUAGCAAAGAAGUCAAUGGAAAUAACGGAGAAAAUGUUAGGGUCCGAGCGUGCAGUUAGCUUGCCAAAUGUGCCAGUUAGUCCAGUAGUAAUGAGUCCAAUUAAAACAACACAAACUAUGCUCCUGUCAGAGCGUGCGGCCAGUUUAGCGAAUCUGCCAGUGAAACAAAAAGUUGAGAAUAAUCAAAUCUUAGAUUCCCCACCAAGUGAAACCGAAAAUAUUGCGGCACCAAUCGGCGACGAGGCGAAGGACAACCCGUCAAAGGUUAUUGACGAAGUCCCUAGAUCAGAAAAUACAUCUGAAGUUGAAGUAUUCGACCUGGAAGUCUCUCAAAAUAAAUCACCAAAAGUCGUUGAAGCAGUCCCUAAGCCAGAAGAAAAGUCUACAAUUAAAGAUAAGGAGCAUAAAACUACGGUUGCAGAAGAGAAACCACAAGAAGUUCAAACAGCCCCUAAGUUAGAAAAUGAACCCAAAACCGAAGCUAUCGAGCGUCAAGUAGUUUCCGAAUCUACGAUCAUUCCAGCAACUAUUGAAGAAAGUAUAGUAAUCACGGAAAACAUUGUAACUGAAAAAACACCUGAAUUGGUACCCAUUGAGCCAAACGAAAGCAAGGAGGAUGUCAAGGCCGCGGUUGAAGGAAAUAUUGAACCCACUCAAAACACUUUGGACAACACCUCUCAUUCAAGUGAUUCCUCGUCAUCACGUAGUUCCAGUGAUACCGAAGUUGAAAGAACACCCAUCAGUAAAGCUGAUGAGCCGCCAUCAAAACCAAUUGAACGAAUUAUUUUGGGUGUCGAAAAUAAUCAAAAUUCAUUAACGGAUACAUCAAAAAGGGAGGUUUCGACAAAAUUGCAAUCAACUUACGCUCCGCUUGGGAGCGAUAGUAACCAGCAACUAUCAAAACCACCAACAUCAGCUAAAUUACUGACGAAAGAGCAACAACCAGAACAACAAGCAAAUCAAAUACAGGCUCCCGCUGCACCGCUGGAUACGAAGCCGGUGAAACCAACGCCAAUGCCAAAACCAACUAGUCUUCGUGGUUGCAUUAAAGAUUCAAACCUAAAAAUGGACAAAAGCGGUAUCCAGAUAGCACCAUCGCCUCUAAUUCUAAACGACUACAUAACACUAAGCUCGCCGCCAACUUAUUCACGUUUGCCACCAGAUGGUCAUGAAUUCCCUCCAAACUUUUCCGAGCCAAUGAUUACACCAGUAAAAUCAGCAGCAGCUUUAACAACAGACAGCAAAGUCACAAACAAACAAUCCAGCCUAUCUUCCACAUUGGAGCGCACCAAUAACAACAGCAACACAGACUGCCCUCCACUGCCGAAAUCAGUUCCACCGCCAACAGUUCCUAGGAAGGUUUAUCGACAGGAUCUGAUCAUUAAAGUGGAUGAUGCCAGAACGCCAGACAAAAAUGAGAAAAUCAUAAGACUUGAUCAGAACAGCAGCUUUACAACUACCCCUAGUCCUUUGGUGUCGUCCUCAUUUGAAUCAUCGCGAAUCAAAAGUAACAGCAUCAAUACAUUGCACAAUAUGGAUUUGUACAAGACAAGACCCAGUCCAGUUACAAGAAAAAUUUCUGAUUGGCGGAAGGACGAAAAAUCCGAAAAGUCAGUUCGUGAUAAGAUCGCCAUGUUUUCAAAUGAGGAUCGCCCAGAUAUCAACAAAACGUCUGCUAAAACGUUUAAUAAGAGCAUCGAAAACCUGUUGGACUCCAGCAGCAAAUUUCAGCCGUUCACGAGUUCAUUGACAAAGAAAGCAAUGAGCGUGGAGAACCUGAAUGACGACUAUCGACCUUACUCUCGAACACAUUCAGGCUUCGUUGAACGUAACAAACCGGAAAGUACGCUUUACAAGAGUGAGAUCACUCAAAGCUACUCGUCCUUACCACGAAAAAAUGUUCCAACCUUGACUCGAACAACAAGCUUCUCCGGCCACGAUGAGAAUAGCCGGAAAGCGUCAAUCGCAAAUAUAUUAGAGCAGAGACGGAAAUCCAUGUCCAAACUUCGUGGAUUGGUGAUUCCUGAACGCCCUUCAUCGAAUCUGGAGACGAUUAUUGAUUUACCAGAAAUCAAGAGUAGAGACAGCGAGAAAAUCAAAAUGAAUGGUUUUCACUCAUUGCAAGCAACACCCAGAAAGGACAAGUUUCCAACUUCAUUCCGAUCGCCUUCUACUACGAGCCCAGGCCUAUCGAAUGGUGUUUACAAGAGCAUAUUCAGUAGCGGCAAUCGGUUGUCAGUAACAGCCCCAAGUACGCCUAUGACACCUUCUUACAAGAAGCCGGAAGGCAUCUCACUUCCUCCAGCAAAGCCGCCUCGUACUUCACUUAUUUUAUCGAAAGCACCUCAUCUAGAAGAAAGCGACAGUGAUUCUGUAUUCAGUUCAAAGAUAUCUUCGCCACCAAUGUCGCCACGAGCUCCAGUCCAAGAAAAAUUUGCCUUGACUAGGACUCUAAGCUCAGAGACAAACACUUCCAUUGCAAGCUCUACAACGUCGACUCUAACUUCGGGGUCAGGUUCUCAAGCCAGUUGCUCAUCAGUGGGAAGUACUCCUACAGUUGACAUGAGCCGCAAGAUACUUAAAUCUGGAUCAGGUGAUUCGACGGUUAACAGGAAAAAUAUUCUUGCGUCUGCCAAAUGUCGUAGUGGACGAGACGACUCGUCUUCUCUAGCUCGCAACAGACGCUAUGAGGAUGAAGACAGCACUGACGGUUACGAUGAGGAGGAAACACGCCGUGCUCCGAAGUUGAAGCAAAGAAGCCUUUCUUCAGGUUCCAAUAAGUCUACUUCGGCUACAGCGCCCAUAAAUUACAAACUGGUGCCAAAGGAUGAGUCCAUCGUGGAUAAAAUUGUGAAUGUUGCUGCCUAUGUUGAAAUCACUUCAGACACAGACGAUAGCAGCCGUAAAUCGGACUCUUCCCUACGAAAGAUAAGUGCCAUUUUCAUUGAUGAGGAGCGCAAGGCUAGCUUCAAGGCUGAUCCAAAUCAAAAGGCAAAAACCAAGAAACCAGAGCCGGCUAAACGGUCAAUUGUACCAGAAAGUGAUGAUCUUGCCAAAUGGGUACAAUCCGAGGCAGCAAAGGCUUUCAAACAAAAGGACAUGACUAUUUCCAAACCUACCAUCCCAGAACGUACAGCACUGGCUGAAAAAUUCGAAUCUCUGCACAAAGCCCCGGUUGACAUUUCGCCCAGAUCAGCAAUCAAGCUGAAGACUUCCACAGCUGAAAUUCGCGAGAAGUUCGAGCAACGGUCCCAGACGGGUCAAAGUCCGACUAAGUCAAGUUCAAUCAGUAAAACCGAGAAACCCAGUUCAAUUGGAACCUACCACGAGCGAUUCUCUUCACUGGAUUCUAUUGCAUCUUCGUCAUCGGGCGUAUCUUCGAGCACACAGAAUCUUCCAUCGAACCAAGAAACGCCAACCGAGUUCGGAAGCUUCUCGUCGCUGGGAAGCAAUCAGAGCCUCAUCACUGCACAAGACAUCCAAGUUUUGAUUGAAGAAGCUGAUCCACCGCUCAAGACGCCAGAUGCAUUUAUUGUGGUUCUGCAACGUGAGACGCCAGAGAGCAGCAUUGGAAUAACACUAGCCGGGGGCUCUGAUUAUGAGGCCAAAGAAAUUACGAUUCAUAAGAUUCUUGGAAAUUCGCCAGCUGCCAAGGACGGUCGAUUGAAGAAAGGUGAUCGAAUCCUCGCUAUCAAUGGUUUGAGUAUGCGAGGACUGACACAUCGUGAAUCAAUAACGGUUCUUAAGACUCCACGACCAGAAGUAGUUCUAGUUGUGACGCGCUCGGAAUCAGUUAUUGUGAAAUCGCUAUCAAAGAAACGAUCAUCCCUUGGAUCGCUAACAUCGCUGAACGAUAAACCUUCUGAGAUUGAUUUGGAGAAGAAGCUCUCCUAUCACAAGGCAUCGCGAUCAUUAGAUCUUGAUUUAGACAUUGUCUCCACUGAAGCAACGAACGAUUCAAAAUCAUCGAAACUAGCACACGAAAAGAGUACCAUGAACGGGAAUAUUAGCCCAAAUCAAGUGAUGUCACAGCCACAACCCAGCAAUCGUCAAUCAUUGGCUCGUGGAGGAGCUGUUAAAGUUAAUACUAGUGAAAUAUUGGAUAGAGUUCGGGAAACCGGUCGUUUAUUGGCGGCAGAAAGACAGGAGAGAGUUGUAGUGAAUGGCGACGAUAUACCCUCUGGUGCUAGAGAAGUGGAGAUUUACAAGGACAACUGCGGUCUCGGCUUCUCAAUAGAGGGUGGAUAUGAUUCGCCACUAGGAAAUCGCCCAUUGGUUGUGAAAAAAGUUUUCUGGGGUGGUGCUGCACAAAAGGCUGGUAAUAUUCAAACAGGCGAUCAAAUUGUUUGCAUAAAUGGUGUUACAACGUCACGUAUGAGUCGUGUCGACGUGUGGAACUACAUGAAGCAACUACCAACAGGACCAGUCAAAAUUCUUUUACUGUGAAUAUUCUUAAUAUUAAAAUAAAGUUGGAGAAUAUGUUUCUUAUCCCUAAUAUAAUUCUAUUGUAUACUAUUACAAUUUUAUACGUAGUUGAUAAGGUAUGAACACUUACAUGAUUAUUCACAUAUGUAUCGUGAGGGAACUUGUGCGAUUAGAGACAGAAGGUUCACUUGACAGAAGAGCAAAUAGGAACCCAAGUUGACGAAAUAUAAUAUGAUUUUCCCGAAAUUUGAAGACAUUUUUUGUUGACCGAAUUCUCAACGUCAUGAACUCUAGAAAGACUUAAAAUUCUUGCCAACUAUAUUUGCGUUUUGGAUAUUUUGAUUAAAACAUGGCCCAGUCCGUAUGAAAAGGAUUGGAGCCCCGUUUUCGUCUGGGGCUUGGGUACCAGGAGCGUUCAUUCGGCACGCAUCCGACUUUUAUAUAUCAUUUGUUGAAAUUGUUAAAAUGUUAUGUUUUGGCUUUUACUUAAUAUUUAAUAUCGAAAUUCUUAGUUUACGUAAAAAAUUAGAAAUGUGUGCAAUUUCGAAUUAAAUUCUUCUGUAUUUGUUCUUCGACUUUUUAUUGUCUUCUUAAUUUAUUCGUUCUUAUCAUUGCCUGAUUUAUUUCUUUUAUUCGGAAGUAGGUUAAGCUUAUCGAAAUAUUUUUACGUUUUAUUGUUUUCUUUCUCAUUUUAAUUGGAAAUUAUACAACGAAAUUCCCAGUUUUUUUCGACGCCCUAGACAAGGGGCGUUGGCAUUAAAAGGGGUAAAAAGAGAAAUAUUUUCAUAUUUUCGUUCCAAUAAAAUGUUUGCUUUUUAUAUGUAUUUAGAUAUACUAAUUAUCUAUUUUGCCAUAACAUUAAAUGUUACAGUAAUGAA